GAUAGUUGUCAAGUUUAAGCCGAUCAGAAUCGAAAUCGCACUGUUUUUACAAUACAAUCAAUGUUUUUACUAACACAAAACAAUCCGAGUUAUUGCAAUAAUUGAUAAAUACAAACGAAUAUAAAACACAUAAAUACAAAGCGGUGAACAAAUCUCUUUACAAUGAUAUGACAACAACGCUCAAAACGUCAAAAUACAUACAGGAACUGUCAGAAAUCAUACACAUUUUCUAAACCACUAAAUCUUAUUGCUACGAAGAAUGAGUGCGAAAGGAUGUUUCCAUUUACAAAUGUUCAAGAAAGACAGUAACAAUCUCGAAUCGUUUAAAUGGAUACACUCGGUGUUUGUGGUCGGGACGCCGGCGAGAAGUCGUCGAACGAGGGUAAUGAAUUCGUAUUGCCGGACGUGCAAAAACAGGGGUCCAUUUCUGCACGCCUGUUUGGAAUGCGUGUUCUUCGGAUGCCACAAACACAUUAGGGAACAUAUGAGACUUGAUAAGCACACAAUUUCAGUGGACCUAACGUACGGCCAAGUGCACUGUUUCUCUUGCAACGACUACGUAUACGAUGCGGAAAUCGACAGUAUUACUAUGGAUAAUAAAAUGCAGGCCGGCAAAUUCAAAAAAAGGUUGUUCGAAUGGACAUCCUGGGAUCCGACGGAAGAAGAACGCGAUCUACUGGAGCAUAGAACAAAGAAAAUUUGCAUAACGCCCGAAUCGACAAUCGGACUGCGUGGGUUGUUAAAUUUGGGGGCGACGUGUUUUAUGAACUGCAUCGUACAAGCGUUGAUGCAUACGCCACUAUUACGCGACUAUUUCCUCACUGAGCGGCACAAGUGUAACGGUGUCCCCGGCACUUGUUUGGUCUGCGAGGUGUCCAAACUAUUCCAGGAAUUCUACAAAGGGGCGCGUGUGCCGCUGGCGUUGCACGAGCUCCUGCAUCUGAUCUGGACGCACGCCCGUCACCUCGCGGGCUACGAGCAGCAGGAUGCGCACGAGUUCUUCAUCGCCACCUUAGACGUCUUGCACCAACAUUGUUUGGCGACCAUGCCUCAUAUGCACAAUAGUUCUGGUGAACGGAACGGAGGUGGCGGCGGUGUCGGCGGCGGCGCCAAGACUUGUCCCUGUAUCAUCGACCAGAUUUUCGCCGGCGGGCUGCAAAGCGACGUCGUAUGCCAAAAAUGCAAAGGUGUAUCUACAACCAUCGAUCCUAUUUCCGAUUUUUCUUUGGAUUUGGGGCCCGUGUCGAUUGGAUGCCGGCCUCCCUCCUCCCUUAUAGAUUGUCUGGAACGGUUUACUAGGGCCGAGCACCUCGGUUCCAGCGCAAAAAUAUUUUGCGAGAAGUGCAAAUCCUAUGAGGAGUCCACCAAGCAGCUCACCCUUAAAACGCUUCCAAUUGUCGUCAGUUUUCAUUUGAAGAGAUUUCAACAUUCCACUGAGAUGGAGAAGAUCUCGACGGUAAUAUCGUUCCCAGAAACAUUAGACAUGACGCCUUUCAUGAGUCGGCACGGUCGUCGAGACACGCCUACCGUCCCUUCGGAUAAUAGAUACUCACUUUUCGCAGUAAUAAAUCACGUGGGAUCAUCGAUCAACGUAGGUCACUACACCGCAUUUGUGCGCCAGCAGCAUGAUUGUUGGUAUAAAUGUGACGAUCAUGUCAUUACACGAGCUAAUUUACGGGAGGUGCUUGACUCAGAAGGGUAUUUACUAUUUUAUCACAAACAAACACUGGAGUAUGAGUGAUAGGAACUUUGUCCGUUUAUGUUUACAUGGUUAAAAGAAGACUUCCACAACAGUGACCUCAUCAAGAAUAAUCUGAAAUUAGGCUUUUUAUUGACGACUGACUUUAUUUUGUAUUACCCACAUUUUAUACUGCCACCUGAACAAAUAUUUUUUGCUCAAUUUUAUUAUUUUAAUAAAGACAGGUAAAUUUA